AUGAAGGCAGCUAAAAGGUGGAGCGUAGGAAACCUAGCGUCAUUACCUGGAGCUCGCAACCGUGUUCCUGCAAGAAAACGACUAUGGAUCAUCAUGGCGCUUUCACUGAUCAUCAUGACGCUUUCACUGAUCACCAUGUUGGCUAUAAUGGCUUAUAUGUACCCUCAUCACAGCAAACGUGCUUGUUAUAUGAUUUCUUCAAGGGGGUGUAAGGCUUUAUCUGAUUGGCUUCCACCUCUUCCAAGGGAGUAUUCAGAUGAUGAGAUUGCUGCGAGAGUAGUGAUUAGAGAAAUAAUGAGUAAUGCUCCUGUUAUAAGAAGGGAUUCCAAGAUUGCAUUCAUGUUCUUGACUCCUGGUACAUUGCCUUUUGAGAAGCUUUGGGACAGAUUUUUCCAGGGCCAUGAAGGAAAGUUCACUGUUUAUAUCCAUGCAUCAAAGGAAAGGCCAGUUCACCACAGUCAUUACUUUACCAACCGCGAAAUUCGCAGUGAUGAGGUGGUGUGGGGAAGAAUAUCAAUGGUUGAUGCAGAGAGAAGGUUGUUAGCUAAUGCUCUUAGAGACCCUGCAAACCAGCAAUUUGUUUUACUCUCUGAGAGUUGUGUACCACUUAGAAGUUUUGAGUACAUUUACAAUUACCUGAUGUACAGCAAUCUCAGUUAUGUUGACUGCUUUGAUGAUCCAGGUCAACAUGGAUCAGGCAGACAUAUGGAUCACAUGUUGCCUGAAAUUCCAAAGAAGUAUUUUCGAAAGGGUGCACAGUGGUUCACUAUGAAGAGGCAACACGCUAUAGUAAUCAUGGCAGACAGUCUUUACUACUCUAGAUUCCGAGAUUACUGUGGGCCAGGUAUAGAGAACAACAAAAACUGCAUAGCUGAUGAACAUUAUCUGCCAACAUUCUUUCAUAUGCUUGAUCCCAGUGGUAUUUCUAACUGGAGUGUAACACAAGUUGAUUGGUCUGAGAGACAGUGGCAUCCCAAAACAUAUAUGCCUGAGGAUGUCACACAUGAGUUACUAAACAACCUCACGUCUAGUGAGACAGUGGUGCAUGUCACAAGUGUUGGAAUGGGUGAAGAAAUAUGGAUGCCUUGUAUGUGGAAUGGAAUCAAAAGACCUUGCUUCUUGUUUGGAAGGAAAUUUCACCCUGAUACGCUUGAUAAACUCUUGGAGCUCUUCUCAAACUACACAAGAUCGGUCUCUUGGCAUUUGUGA